GGAGAACACUUGGGCACUCUCUCUUCUCUCUUCUCUCUACUCUCUACCUGAAGCACAGAGAGCUUAAUUAGAUCAGUAAGCGUUGGGGGUGGAUGGGAGGUACAGGGAACGAGUGGAUAAAUGGGUAUUUGGAAGCUAUUUUGGAUGCAGGAAGUGGCACCGCUACUGCUUCUACUGCUGGUAGAACAAGAUCAUCAUCAUCAUCGAAGAAAAAUCAUAAUAUAGUGAGGAUUAAUGGUUAUGGGUUAAUGAGUGGUGGUAAUGCUGCUGCUGCUGCUGCUGCUGCUAGUACUAGGCCGUCGUUAGAUGGAGAUGAAUUAGGAGAUGAUGAUGAUGAUCAUGGGAGUGGGAGUGGGAGUGGGGAUGAUGACAAGAGUUUGUACAUAAGUCCCAUAAAGUACUUCGUGGAGGAAGUCAUCAACAGCUUUGAGGAGUCCGACCUUCAUCGCACCUGGGUCAAGGUGAUAGCUACAAGGAACAGCGCUCGGGAACGCGGUAACAGGCUUGAGAACAUGUGCUGGCGUAUCUGGCAUCUUGCCCGCAAAAAGAAACAGAUAGCAUGUGAGGAUACAAGAGGGCUGGCGAAACGGAGACUGGAGAGGGAGCAGGGUCGAAACGACGCCGCCGAUGAUCUUCCGGAGCUUUCGGAAGGGGAGAAGGAGAUCAAAGCGGGAGCCGGUGGAGAAUCAUCUGCAAUUACACAACUACCACCACUCAGCAAUAUUCCCAGAAUUAAUUCUGAUAUGCAAAUCUGGUCCCAUCAUGAUAUUCCUGAUUCCUCAUCCACCCACCUCUACAUCGUCCUCAUCAGUCUGCAUGGGUUGGUACGUGGAGAAAACAUGGAACUUGGAAGAGAUUCGGAUACAGGCGGUCAGGUGAAAUAUGUUGUGGAACUGGCAAGAGCUCUAGCCAACACAAAAGGAGUGCACCGUGUCGACCUACUGACUCGACAGAUCACCUCCCCGGAGGUCCAUUCCACCUACGGUGAGCCCAUUGAAAUGCUGUCCUACCCCUCUAAUGGUGGUGGCGACACCUGCUCUGGCGCAUACAUAGUUCGCCUCCCCUGUGGCCCCACUCAUAAGUACAUCCCAAAAGAGUCACUUUGGCCUCACAUAUCUGAGUUCGUGGAUGGGGCUCUCAGCCACAUAGCAAGCAUGGCGAGGUCUGUGGGCGAACAGGUGAAUGGGGGGAAGCCUGAGUGGCCAUAUGUCAUUCACGGCCAUUAUGCCGAUGCUGGGGAGGUGGCUGCACACUUGUCCGGGGCCCUGAAUGUUCCAAUGGUGCUCACAGGGCACUCACUGGGAAGGAACAAGUUCGAGCAGUUGCUCAAACAGGGCCGGCUCUCCAAGGAGGACAUAAACUCGACCUACAAGAUAAUGAGGCGGAUUGAGGCAGAGGAGUUGGGGCUGGAUGCAGCCGAAAUGGUGGUGACCAGCACCAGGCAAGAGAUCGAAGAGCAGUGGGGAUUGUACGAUGGGUUUGAUAUCAAGUUGGAGAGGAAGCUUAGGGUCAGAAAACGGCGCGGAGUGAGUUGCCUUGGAAGAUACAUGCCAAGGAUGGCGGUUAUAACACCUGGGAUGGACUUCAGCAACGUUACAGUGCAGGAUUCAUUGGAAGGUGAUGGGGAUCUCAAGUCAUUGAUUGGCUCCGAUAGGACUCAAAAAAAGAGGCAUCUACCUCCUCUAUGGUCUGAGAUAAUGCGAUUUUUCACGAAUCCUCACAAGCCCAUGAUACUUGCAUUAUCUCGUCCAGAUCCAAAGAAAAAUGUCAUGACUUUGCUCAAGGCUUUCGGAGAGUGUCGACGCCUUCGAGAACUAGCCAAUUUGACACUAAUAUUAGGUAACAGAGAUGACAUAGAAGAGAUGCCCAACAGCAGUUCAGUUGUUCUUACAUCAGUGCUCAAGCUCAUCGACAGGUAUGACCUGUAUGGUCAGGUUGCUUAUCCCAAGCACCAUACGCAAUCCGAAGUUCCUGAAAUAUACCGCCUGGCUGCGAAAACUAAGGGCGUCUUCAUCAAUCCAGCACUCGUGGAACCAUUUGGUCUCACAGUCAUAGAAGCAGCUGCUUAUGGUUUACCAGUUGUCGCCACUAAAAACGGCGGGCCUGUAGAUAUUCUCAAGGCGCUCAACAAUGGUGUUCUAAUUGAUCCGCAUGACCAAAAGGCCAUAUCAGAUGCUCUCCUCAAACUUGUUGCUGACAAAAACCUUUGGCUUGAGUGCCGGAAGAACGGAUUAAAGAACAUCCACCGCUUUUCGUGGCCAGAACACUGCUGCAAUUACCUUUCCCACAUCAAGCACUGCAGCAACCGUCACCCUACAACCCGUAUCGAAAUCAUCCCUGCUCGUGAAGAACCUAUGAGCGAUUCACUAAGGGAUGUGGAAGACCUUUCCUUAAAAUUUUCAAUUGAUGGAGACUUCAAGCUUAAUGGAGAGGUUGAUGUAGCAACCAGGGAGAAGGAACUUAUUGAAACCAUAACCCAUAUGGCUUCCUCUAAUGGCUAUCCCUCCAUUUCUUACUGUCCAGGUAGAAGGCAGAGGCUGGCUGUAAUAGCUGUGGAUGGUUAUUCCACUCAUGGAGAUUGCACAGAAACCUUUCCAACAGUCAUAGGGAAUGUGAGGAAAGCUGCUGGCAGAGGCUCAGGCCAGACAGGAUUUGUAUUGUUAACUGGUUCAAGUUUACGGGAGACUAUAGAAGCACUGAAAUGUUGCCAAGUAAAUUUAGAAGAUUUUGAUGCUGUCGUUUGUAAUAGUGGGAGUGAAAUGUACUACCCAUGGAAGGAUUUGGUAGCUGAUGUGGACUAUGAAGCCCAUGUUGAGUACAGGUGGCCUGGUGAGAAUGUGAGAUCAAUGGUGAUGAGGCUAGCUAAACUUGAAGACGGCACUCAGGAUGACAUCGUGGAGUAUGGGAGUGGGUGUAGCUCUCGGUGCUACGCGUACAGAGUGAAACCAGGAGCUAAGACCCGGAAAAUCGAUGACCUGCGUCAGAGCCUGCGGAUGAGAGGCUUCAGAUGCAACCUUGUCUACACACAUGCUGCAUCCAGGCUGAAUGUGGUACCAUUAUUUGCAUCAAGGACCCAGGCACUAAGGUAUCUUUCAAUCAGGUGGGGAAUUGAUCUAUCCAAAAUGGUUGUGUUUGUCGGAGAAGUUGGAGAUACAGAUUACGAAGACCUGCUGGCCGGCCUCCACAAGACCUUUAUUCUGAGAGGCUCAGUGGAGCAUGGCAGUGAGAAGCUCCUUCGAGGUGAUGAUAGUUUUAAAAGGGAAGAUGUGGUCCCACAAGACAGGCCUAACACUAUAUUUAUCGAGGGUUAUGAAACCAACAGUAUCUCAACAAGUCUGGAUACUUGUGGGAUCAAGUGACGCAAGUUUUCCCCUCAUUUUCUCUUUUUCUUUGUGUGUUUUUUUAUGCAUAUAAUUAUAUAGAAAACACAAUCAUAAAGAAUAUGAAUACAAAAUACAACUUGAAUGUA